AUAAAGUACGUGUUCGAUACGCCGAGUCGAACGUACGUGGACGGGGCGAACACGGUCGGGACGGAGUACGACGCGUGGACGGAGGAGGGGAUAUUGGAAUAUUACUGGGGCGAACACAUACACUUGGGAUGGUACAGCGACGAGGAGCUGGCGAAAGGGGCGGGGACGCUGCUCGGGUGCAAGGUGAAGGAUUUCAUUCAAGCCAAAUUUGAUUUCGUGGACGAGAUGGCGGAUUGGAGCGAGGCUGAUAAGCCGGCAAAGGUGCUGGACGUCGGGUGCGGCAUCGGCGGGACGUCUCGACACUUGGCGAAGCGCUUCGGUCAAGGCACGUCGGUGACUGGGAUUACGCUCUCGCCGAAUCAGGUGAAACGCGCGACAGAACUGGCGGCGGAGCAAGGAGUGCCGAACGCGAAGUUCCAGGUGAUGAAUGCGCUGGCGAUGGAAUUCGAGGACGACACGUUUGAUUUAGUGUGGGCGUGCGAGAGCGGCGAGCACAUGCCGGAUAAGAAAAAGUACGUCGAGGAGAUGGUGCGAGUGUUAAAACCUGGUGGUAAAAUCGUCAUCGCGACGUGGUGUCAGCGCGAGACGCCGCCGGAGUUCACGGAGAAGGAGAAGAGCAACUUGCAAUUUCUCUACGAAGAGUGGGCGCACCCGUACUUUAUCUCGUACGAGGAAUACGAACGUCUUUUACGAGGCACCGGCGCCAUGGCGCGCACGGGAUCGGAGAACUGGGUGAAGAACACGCUCGUGUCGUGGCGUCACUCGAUCUGGGUCGGGGUUUGGGAUCCGUGGCCCGUGGUGUUCGCCGGGCCUCGCCAGUGGUACAAGGUUGUGCGCGAAAUCGUCACCCUCGAACGCAUGGCUCGCGCGUUCGAGUCAGGUUUGAUGACGUACGGCAUGAUCAAGGGGACGAAAAAGUAG